UUAAUGAUAUUAAUUAUUCCUACCAGCCUGAAAAAUGCCGUUCACGAUUCCUUCUAACCUGGCCAUGUCCAUCGAGGCUCAUCGGAAAUGGGUGCGCGUUGUCGAGGAGACAAAGACGUUGAUAGAGAAGGAUGAAGAACUACAAACCAAAGCUGCAGAAGGUCUCCGCCUGAAAGAGCGUCACAUCCCCCCGGAAGUGCUCGGGGGGCUGUACGCGAAGUACUGCAGCCUCGCCAACCGGAUGUACCAGGCGUAUCUGGACAGCGUACAGUUACAGCGCAUGCCAUACAUUGCUGACAUUAUCACGGUUAUGAUGAGACGGUUGUAUGAGCUACGGAACGAACUGGUGCUCCUGAUAGUGAACGACUACAUAUACGUGGACUCCGCUCUGAUACAGCAGCAACUCACUCCUCAAGAUAUUGAGGUGGUGGUUCCGUGUCACUUUGCGAUGGAGGCGCGUAAACAUUCAGUGGAAGAACUGCUCCAGGCGAUGUGGAUGGAAUCAAUACAGAGGGUGGCUGCUCCAACCAUGGUAAGGCCCAAACCUUUUUUUAGUUUGACAAUAAUAAUGUUAACGGCACCAAUCAUGGGACAUUUAAGAGAAAAUUUGGAGACACCUUUAACCCUUUAUUUAUACUUAAAACAAAGUAGUGAUUUGCUUGCUGAAUUCUUUUAUAAUGGAAAACUAAAAGUCGUAUUUUUUUUUAUAAAACCUAUGAAAGUGUGUUCAUUAAAGCCUAAACUACCCUUUGAUUAUGUGGUUGUAUUAAAAAUACACGCUGUAUAUUUGCAUGUUGCAGUUCCCUCGAAGAGCGAGUCUGUUAUCGUGCCUGAGGAAUACGUAAGAGCUACCAUCAUCCAAGCACACGAACGAUACAGGCAGUAUUAUGUGAGAGACUACACAGCCAAAUGCAUACGGAGACGAACGUACUUCGCGUCAAAUGUGGAGCCAGCCCCGGAGCCCCUGAGGAUAUCAGCCGCGAGUAUCAUUCAAAGGGUUUAUAGACGGUUUAUGGAAAUCAAGAGGCAAAGAGUGCAAGACCAUAAGAGGAAUGUUUUGUUGGGCAUAGUUCCGGACCCCUGGCGCGAGGGUCAAAUGGACCUCAAAGAAGAAACCAAGAAAUUAUACUCAUUGCGACGACGUAUCAACAAGAGAACGAGACAGACUUAUAUGGAAGAGCUGGACAAAGAGAGCACUAGGCUGAUCAUGUUGAAGAGAGACGUACAGAUAGAUGACAUCACUGAUCAUAUUCGGGAGUGGUUUAAAGAAUGGUUGUACGGAUACGGUUUCUUCCCCGACUAUCCUUAUGAUGCUGAAGGCGGCACCAUCCUGGUGAUACGAGGGCAGUACCCCACCGUAGCGGAGAAGAUCGAGGCAGACGAGAAACUGGCUGCUGCUACCAAAGGGAAGACCAAGGAAAUGUUGAAAGCAGAGAAGAAGCAAGCGAAAUUCGAUGCCAUCAACAGAGCUAAAGCUCAGAAAGAGACAGAGAAGAAACUGGCUGAACAGGAACACAAGCUGAAAUGUAACCCGCUGAACGACCCGGGUUACAAGAUGAUGCAGUCGCAUCAUAUGGAAGACUUGCAUCAGGUUUUCCAGCGCUACAACGGCUGCUGGUCCGUCUACGAUAGCUUCCAGCCUGAGCUGGAUGGCGAGGUGGUGUAUGGUUUUAUCCGUUCCAUCAUGAGUGAGGACGUGAUGAACCACCUACAUGUGGAAUGCAGGCGAUAUGUGGACGAGCUUAUGAGAUUGGAGUUGAAAUUGCUCGUGGAAGCGCACAAGCUGCAAUUCAAGACGAUGGGUCAGAAAUACCCGUCGAUGAAGCCGCGAAAGAAACCGCCACCGGUCCGGCUCCCCAAGCCACUUAAGGUGGACGGCGAUAUGCUCGACGGUUUAAAGUACCUGUUCGACCUUGGAAUCAUUUCGAAGCCGUCGGGGAAGAUCGACGACAUCAUCGGCGACUCUAACUACGCCGCCUAUGAAUACAACAUCGCGGAUCCGAAUUCGAGUUUCCCGCCACCUGGUUACGGCGACGUGCGCCGACGUCUUGUGCUGUCCUGCGUGUUUGCAUCCGGACUCGAACCCGGGGCUGCGCGCAACCGCGCCGUGAUGCUGCUUGGCCCGCCGCGUAACGGCAAGAGCUUUCUCGUGGACUGCGUUGUUGGAGAGAUGAAUGCAGUGAAAAUAGACAUAUCACCAGAACUGGUCAGCUCAGUGGUGGAGCGGCCAGGAAAAACGGUCGAAGACGUAUUCCUGACUGCGCGGGUGUUUCAGCCUUGCGUGGUGUACAUGAGGGACGUUGAGAGGGUGUUUAUGAACCCUGUUCCACCAGAGCAGAGGUAUCUGAUGGCAGCCAGUGUGAAGACGGCACUAGUCAAGUGUGUGAAAGGGAUAGCAGCUGAGGAUAAAAUCAUUUUUAUAGCAACCUGCACAACCCCAUUCGGCUUCCCGGCGGCCCCUAUGGUAUCUGUAUUCGACGAGAUGAUCCUAGUGCCGCGGACCGACUAUAAUAGUCUGCAGCUGUUCUUCUAUCACAAGUUACAAAGUAUAAGGAGCGCGGAGCGUGAUUUCUGCGUGCAGACGUUGGCGCACAUGCUGCAGGGCUACGGGUUUGGCACUAUCAUCGAGGUGUUCAACGAAGUUAUGUGUGCUGACAGAAUCGUCAGGUCUACAACAUUUAUUACUGCGUGCAGACGUUAGCGCACAUGUUGCAGGGCUAUAGGUUUGGCAUCAUCAUCGAGAUGUCCAACGAAGUUAUGUGGGCUGACAGGAUCGUCAG